AUGGAAACAAACGAUACGGAAAUUUUUUCUGAAGCACUUCCAGACUUAACGGACUGGUUUCAAAAUUCCUACUUUGCAGUUUUUACUUCUAGCAUCUUAAUGUCCGUGGUACUUUUUCCGCUUUAUGCGUAUGUGUUUAAAAUGAAUAGAAAACAUGAUCAAGAGACGCUUCUAUUUCCAGCAGUGAAUCAUUUUUAUCAAAUGACAAGAAACACCUACUUUAUAUACCUGUCUUUUAUUUGUUUUUUCUGCCUAACGUUUACUCACAAGCACAAAGGCCAGUACUUUAAUUUAGCAUUCCCAUUCUUAUUGUAUGGCCUCUAUACCAUCGCACAUGUGUUCUCCCUUUUAACAUUCCUCCUGGCUCUCCAAAGAUUAGUGUUAUAUUUUUCUCCAGCAACUGAGAAAUAUGUGAUAAAAGUACAGAAGCAAAUGUCUAAACGUUUUUGGAUUUUAUAUGCAAUUUGUAUUAUCAAGGACCUUGUAUUUGUGAUGGCGACUUAUAAAGGCUAUCAAAAAAGUUUUCAAAUAACUUGUCUUAUUUUUUUCAUUAUCUUCAAUAUGUUAUCUUUACUAUCAGCAUUAUUACAUAUUCCAAUAUAUUUGAGCGUUAAAAAGCUAUCCUACUUAGCAUCAGCAAAGAGUAAUACACCACAAAGGUUUAUAAUCUGGCAGACGGCGACUGUUGUGAUUUUUAAAUGCACGUACAUUCCAACUUUUCUCGCGUUUUUGUUAGGUGAACUCAGUUUGCUAUACUUGGUUUUGUUUUCACUUUCUAUUGAUUUCUUUACGACACCAUUGAUCGUGGAACUAUCUUAUAUCGGAUGCAAUAAGCGGAAUAUGAAAACUUUUUUUACGGCUUUUAGUUUUCGAAAGUUUAUAAGAGUAUUGUUUGAUAUGAAGCCGAAGGUCUCUGUUGAACCGCAACGGUUUUGA